AUGCCGGAACAGAGCAAUGACUACCGGGUGGCAGUGUUUGGGGCAGGUGGUGUCGGCAAGAGCUCCCUCGUCUUGAGGUUUGUGAAAGGGACCUUCCGGGAGAGCUACAUUCCAACUGUGGAAGACACCUACCGGCAGGUGAUCAGCUGCGACAAGAGCAUAUGCACACUGCAGAUCACUGACACCACUGGGAGCCACCAGUUCCCUGCCAUGCAGCGGCUGUCCAUCUCCAAAGGCCAUGCCUUCAUCCUGGUCUACUCCAUCACCAGCCGGCAGUCCCUGGAGGAACUCAAGCCCAUCUAUGAGCAGAUCUGUGAGAUCAAGGGGGACGUGGAGAGCAUCCCCAUCAUGCUGGUGGGGAACAAGUGUGACGAGAGCCCCAACCGUGAGGUUCAGAGCAGCGAGGCGGAGGCCCUGGCACGCACGUGGAAGUGUGCUUUCAUGGAGACGUCGGCCAAGCUCAACCACAACGUCAAGGAACUCUUCCAGGAACUGCUCAACCUGGAGAAGCGCAGGACCGUGAGUCUCCAGAUCGAUGGCAAGAAGAGCAAGCAGCAGAAGAGAAAGGAGAAACUCAAGGGCAAGUGUGUGGUCAUGUGA